AUGCCGCUCGACGCGCGCGACGCGACCGGGUACGAGCCCGCGGACGCGUCGACGGCGUUCUUCCGCCCCGCGACCGCGGAGGACAUCCCGCUCGUCGCCGAGAUCGAGCAGUGCUCGUACCCCGCGGACGAGGCCGCGUCGCCCGACGCGCUCGCGUACCGCCAGGCGCACGCGGGCGAAUUCUUCCUCGUCGGCGUCGCCGCGAGCGAGGAGUCGCCGGGCGAGGACGAGAUCGUGUCGUACGUGUGCGGCACGCUGACGAUGGCGGACGCUCUCACGCACGAGUCCAUGACGACGCACGAGCCCGCGGGAUCGACGCUGUGCGUCCACAGCGUCGUCGUCGAGGGCGCGCGGCGACGGAAGCAGAUCGGCACGCGGACGCUUCGCGCGUACGUGCGCGUCGUCUGCGAGCGAUCGCCGGCGGUUGAGAAGAUCGUGCUGCUGUGCAAGAGGGAGCUCAUCGGGUUCUACGAGGGGUGCGGGUUCAAGAUGGUCGGCCCGAGCGACGUGGAGCACGGGGCGGAUCAGUGGUACGAGAUGUCGCAGAGCACCGCGUUCGCGCGGGCGGUGUUCGCGAGCGCGGCGGAGGAGGGGGAGGGCGGCGAGAGUUAG